CUAAAGGCCUACUGAAUGGGUGGAUUAAAAAGGGAGGUCCUCCUCUACUUGUUAUGCCAUGUGAUCCCACAAUGCCUCAGCACAGGCCUUCAAUCGCAGAGGGUGUAUUUUUCCUCUGGAGCUGACAUUCAAACUGAGCAGGGCCUGUGUCCUCCGAUUAAGGUCGGAGAGGAUGGUUUCCCAGGUUUUUAUAUCAUGUCCCAGUUUCACAUUGCUGAGCUGGCCAGAAGAGGAACUGUUCAAAAGGGGCCUGGAUCAACCUCUCAGCAUGUUGCCUACAAAAUAGGGCCAGCAUUCAACUUCAGAAUUAACACAAGAUCAGCGUAUCCCCUUGGACUACCGGUUGAAUUUGCGUUUGUGACAGUUUUACGAAUGAACGGCAGUACCGUAACCAAGAACUGGAAUAUUUGGCAAAUGCUAGAUUUGAACGGCGAAGAGCAGCUUGCCGUUAGACUGAACGGAGAAUCGCUCUCUCUUGAAUUCACCUUCACAACAUUGAAUAAAACACGAGAGACGGCCGUUUUCCCUUUCCUACCGUUCCUCUUCAACUCUCAAUGGCACAACAUCUUACUGAAAGUCAGCAAGCGUUCUGUAACUCUGUUCGUGGAUUGCAUUAUGGUGGACUCUCAGAACACACCCCAGAGAGGUAUAGUCAACCUGGAUGGAUACACGUUGAUUGGAAAGCUGAAGGAUAACCCCGUUUUAGCAGUGCCAUUUGAACUCCAAUCGAUGCACAUUGAUUGUGAUGUGGGGCGACCACAGACCUGCAAUGACCUACCAGCCAGGACGUCGGUAAGAACCAUUGACAAAACAGACUGCAACCACGGUCAAAUUAUCAGACUUAAUUAUCAAAAUAGCCAGUACAGAGGCUGGUAUUAUCUAGUCCAGGCAACCAUUGUAAAUAAACAACAUGAAAGAUGCUUUGAUGCCUAUGGUACCUCUGGCGGUUCAGUUGGUAGAAACGGAUUCAGCCGGGUGACUUUUUUUGUCGGGGUCCGUCAACCCAACUCAUCCAAGAAAAAGGAAAACAUUUUUACCCGUUCUUGCUGUCCGGGAGAGGGAAGAGCAGGAGAGACCAUGGCUCACGGGCAACUUUUUUGGGUACUUUUGGUGCAGAUUGUCCUUAUUUGCUCCACACAGAGGGCCUCGGGCCCCGUCGGCCCUCCAGGACCCGCAGGUGUCCCAGGAAUUGAUGGUGUCGCUGGUGAGAGGGGAGACGACGGAGAGGAUGGCCCUGCUGGUCCUGAUGGAGAUGCAGGUAAACUAGGCUCAGCCGGGUUGCCAGGUGUGCCCGGGGCUGAUGGUUUGACUGGUCCUACUGGAGACGAAGGUCCCGAUGGUCCCCUUGGACAGAAAGGUGAACCCGGGAAACCAGGACCUCGUGGACUAGCUGGCGUUGGAGAUGAUGGACCCCCUGGACCCCCGGGGCCAGGAGGACUUCCAGGUGAUUUGGGCAAAGGUGGACCCCCUGGUGCUAUGGGAGUCAGAGGACCAACAGGACCCGGUGGAUCAGCAGGGCCGAGAGGUGCAGCAGGGAUGCAGGAUUUGAGUGCCGAGCUGUGCCCUGGUGCCUGUCCACCUGGGACACCUGGUCAUCCCGGCCUCCCUGGCAUGAAGGGUCACAAAGGAGUAAAAGGGGAAGGAGGAGAGCCUGGGAAACAAGGGCACAAGGGUGAAGAGGGUGACCAGGGAACCACAGGGGACCUCGGAUCCCAGGGCCCAACGGGUCCUCAGGGAAUCAGAGGCUCCACUGGAAUGAUGGGGCCCAAAGGUGGACUGGGAGCACGAGGACAUGAUGGAGAUCCAGGUCCCCAGGGUGUUGAAGGAGCCACUGGUGACCAAGGCCAGAGGGGCGUGAUGGGCGAGUCUGGUCCUAAAGGUGAUGAGGGAUCUCAAGGUGGAAGAGGAAUCACAGGUCUUCCUGGGCCCAAGGGAAAGGGUGGUUUGUCAGGAGUAGAUGGCCGUGAAGGUAUUCCUGGAUUGCCAGGUGGAAAGGGCACCAUUGGCAAGGCUGGGUCUCCAGGGGAGGUGGGGCUUCAGGGACUUCCUGGAUUACCUGGUUCUCCUGGCUCUAAAGGAACUGGUGGAGAGAAGGGUAGCUCUGGAGAGGCAGGUCUUCUUGGAACAAUAGGAUCUGCUGGUAAAACAGGAGAGCAAGGCAAAGCAGGAGGUCUAGGACCCAUUGGACCCAUUGGCGGACCGGGAGACAGCGGAGUACAAGGACCAGCCGGUCCACCGGGCAAACCAGGGGCCAGGGGACCUAAAGGGGAUCUUGGUCUUCCUGGUGUUCCCGGACCCCCAGGCCUCCCCGGAGUGAAGGGAGAGAGGGGAGAAGCUGGCGAGGGAGGACCUAAAGGGGAGCAGGGGGGACAAGGUUCUGAGGGAACCUCUGGAGACAAAGGAGAUGUUGGUGACCAAGGGGAAGCUGGACCCAAAGGAGUGGUUGGAAACCCAGGAGAGCCUGGUAACAGAGGGCCAGAGGGUAGCAGAGGGCAGCCUGGCAUCGAGGGCCCAGCUGGUACUCCUGGACCACGUGGCAUGCAGGGCAACAGGGGCGCACCAGGAAUCAGGGGGUCACAGGGACCGGCGGGUAAAGAACCAAGCGAUCAACACAUCAGACAAGUCUGCAUGAGAGUUAUGCAAGAGCAGCUAGCCCAGUUGGCUGCCAGUCUAAGGAGGCCGGAGUCUGGAGCAGCGGGCCUGCCUGGUAAGCCAGGGCCUCCUGGUCCUGCCGGACCCCCAGGGGACAGUGGCUUCCCUGGGCAGGCUGGAGCAAGAGGACUGCCUGGCCUCAAAGGACCUCCAGGACUCCUAGGACUCAAAGGACCCAAAGGUGAAUUGGGCGACAGAGGAGACCGAGGUCCCACGGUGCGAGGGGCCAAGGGCCAGCCAGGACCUCCCGGUCUACCAGGUGAGCCCGGAAAGCCUGGUUACGGCCAGGAGGGACGUGACGGCGAGAGAGGACCUCCAGGUGUUCCUGGCCAGGCUGGUGUACCUGGGCCUCCUGGUAAUGCUGGCCCCAACGGCUACUGCGACCCAUCGUCUUGCAACCUCAGACCGGGGGACAUUGACACCAGCAUCAAGGGCCCGGAGGGAACUAGAAACUAGAGCCACCAUCCAGUGGAGGCUGGUGUCACUUUAAAUCUGAGGACUGGAUCUAAUGGCUGUAAUGGAAUGAAUGGAAAAGUUUCAAACACCUUGGAUUCUGUUCCAUUUAUUCCAUUAGAGCCAUCACUAUGACCCAUCCCCCCUUCACCAGCUUCCACUGCCCAACACCCAGAGAGGGGUAGAGACAGAGACAGAGACUAAGAUGGCAGAUGGACAGCUCUCCCACCCCAACCCUGGGAGCACACAACAUCCUCACAGCCUCUCUACUCUGAAGGCUGUUGCUGUAAAGAGGUCCAUUCUAACGUAUCUGCAGUGUUUUGUGAGAGUGUUCUGUGCUAGCCAGAUCUCUAUGGGAUAUGAAGGAGUCUUCCACUUCCACAAAUGCGAAACAAAACUAAGUAUUUUGUUGCAAAACAAUAAUAAUCCUGAACCUGUUUGGACGUGUAACAGUUUUUUACAUGACAGAUUUUCUUUUUAUUUUGUUGUUUUCAGAAGUGGGUGCCCUAUUUUAAGAUAUUCAUGUUUUGAAGACUAUAUUUGUUUUUAUUCCACCGUCCCUGUAAACCUAGAUGUCCUUAAUAACCACCAGACAAAUAUCUGUCCUUAAUAACCACCAGACAAAUGACCUGUCCUUAAUAACAACCAGACAAAUACCUGUCCUUAAUAACCACCGGACAAUUAACCUGUCCUUAAUAACCACCGGACAAUUAACCUGUCCUUAAUAACCACCAGACAAUCACCUGUCCUUAAUAACAACCAGACAAAUACCUGUCCUUAAUAACCACCGGACAAUUAACCUGUCCUUAAUAACCACCAGACAAUCACCUGUCCUUAAUAACCACCAGACAAAUACCUGUCCUUAAUAACCACCAGACAAAUCACCUGUCCUUAAUAACCACCAGACAAAUCACCUGUCCUUAAUAACAACCAGACAAUCACCUGUCCUUAAUAACCACCGGACAAUUCACCUGUCCUUAAUAACCACCAGACAUGCACCUGUCCUUAAUAACCACCAGACAAAUACCUGUCCUUAAUAACCACCAGACAAAUACCUGUCCUUAAUAACCACCAGACAAUCACCUGUCCUUAAUAACCACCGGACAAUUCACCUGUCCUUAAUAACCACCAGACAAAUACCUGUCCUUAAUAACCACCAGACAAAUACCUGUCCUUAAUAACCACCAGACAAAACACCUGUCCUUAAUAACCACCGGACAAUUCACCUGUCCUUAAUAACCACCAGACAAUUUACCUGUCCUUAAUAACCACCAGACAAAUCACCUGUCCUUAAUAACCACCAGACAUUCAUUCACCUGUCCUUAAUAACCACCAGACAUUCAUUCACCUGUCCUUAAUAACCACCGGACAAUUAACCUGUCCUUAAUAACCACCAGAGAAAUUGCCUGUCCUUAAUAACCACCAGACAUGCACCUGUCCUUAACAACCACCGGACAAUUCACCUGUCCUUAAUAACCACCAGACAAAUCACCUGUCCUUAAUAACCACCAGACAAAUCACCUGUCCUUAAUAACCACCAGACAUCACCUGUCCUUAAUAACCACCAGACAUGCACCUGUCCUUAAUAACCACCGGACAAUGCACCUGUCCUUAAUAACCACCAGACAAAUCACCUGUCCUUAAUAACCACCAGACAUGCACCUGUCCUAAAUAACCACCGGACAAUCACCUGUCCUUAAUAACCACCAGACAAAUCACCUGUCCUUAAUAACCACCAGACAAUACACCUGUCCUUAAUAACCACCAUACAAUUCACCUGUCCUUAAUAACCACCAGACAAUUCACCUGUCCUUAUUAACCACCCGACAUUUACCUGUCCUUAUUAACCAUCUGGCUGUAUUUGUAUGUUCCCUUUCCUCCUCUCCUCUCACUGAAACAGCUGUAUACUGAAGCCAACAUGUUGAUUUCAGCAGCGGCUCCAUCCACAUCAAAUCACGCUAAUUCCUCCCCAAUAAAGUAAAACCAUAAAGCAAUACCAGGAUUGCCUUUAGCCCAAAGUGUAUUUUUUUGUAUUUGUAAUGUACUGCAUCAUGUUCUAUAUUGAAGUAUCAAUUACCAAAGAUAGACCUGGUGAAAAACAGUGAUAUCAGUUUGUACAGAAUGUACCUGGGGUAUUUCCAGCCCCCUGCUUUCCUUCCAGAAAUCUAAAUAAAGAGAUAGAAGAUAGGACUGACACCAAGCCACACUGACUGACGGACCUUCCAUAUGCGCUGUACAUCUCUGUAAAUUGUUUUCAAUUGUGGUUAAUUAUAUUUCCUACAAAAAAUAACUAUCCUAAUGAUUGAAUGUGAGGUUUGUUCUCAUUGUACAGUGUGAGGAGGAUUCUGAGAGAUGAUUAUUUUGAAAAUAAAUGGAAUAUUCCCUUUCACAGUA